AGCAAGGCGGGGCAAGCAUGGCCAGGGCCGAGGCCGCUCUGCUGCCCCUCGUCCUGCAGCUCACGGGCCUGGCACUGGCCCCGGGGACCGGCAGAGGUGGAGCCGUCCCCAGGGAGCCUCUGGGGCUUGCUGACAUCCACGACUACCAGCUGCAGGCGCCAGCCCACUCCUCAGCCCCUGCUGGGGCCCCCCAGGAGCGGUGGCGCCCCCUGGAGGAGCGACUGGGAAGGCUGGAGGCUGAGGUCACGGAGCUCAGAGAACAGAACAAAGACCUGCAGGGGAGGGUGAGGCAGCUGGAGUCCUGUGAAUGCCACGCGGCUUCGCCCCAGUGCUGGGGGCUGGGUCGGGCCUGGCCCGAGGGGGCUCGCUGGGAGCCUGAUGCCUGCACAGCCUGUGUCUGCCGGGACGGGGCUACACACUGUGUCCCCCAGCCUGGGCUGCCCCAUUGCCAUGGCUGCAGCCACAAUGGUCAGGCCUAUGGCAAUGGGGAGACCUUCGCCACAGAUGCCUGUACCACCUGCCGCUGCCUGGAAGGAGCCGUAACCUGCACCCAGAAGCCAUGCCCAAGAGGACCCUGCCCGGAGCCGGGAGCGUGCUGCCCGCACUGCGAGCCCGGCUGUACUGGAGGCCACAGGAGUGGGGAAACGUGGCAACUGGAGCCCUGUGUCAUCUGUACCUGUCAGGCAGGGACGGUGCAGUGCCAGGGGCCCUCAUGCUCAGAGCUCAACUGCCUGGAGAGUUACACCCCACCUGGGGAGUGCUGCCCCAUCUGCCGGCCAGGUGACCUCCCCCCCACCCUGCCCCGUCGUCCCCUCGGCCCCAGAGGGUUCCGUACCUACUUGGGGUCCUGCCUUCCCUCGGGUAAUGUCCACCCACCCUGCUCUCUGCUGACCAGUCCGUCACGCUGGCAACCCUCCCCAGGCUGUGAGUAUGAGGGACAGCUUUAUGAGGAGGGGGCCAGCUUCCUGUCCAGCUCCAACCCUUGUCUCCAAUGCUCCUGCCUGAGGAACCUGGUUCGCUGUGUGCCCAUGAAGUGCCCGUCCACCCCCUGCCCUGGACCAGUCCUGAGGCCCGGGCACUGCUGCCCGACCUGCCAAGCCCAAGGCUGCACAGAAGGUGGUUCUCACUGGGAGCAUGGCCAAGAGUGGACCACACCUGGGGACCCCUGCCAGAUCUGCCAGUGCCUGGAGGGCCACAUCCGGUGUCACCAGCGAGAAUGUUCCAGCCUGUGCCCAUACCCUGCCCGGCCCCUCCCGGGCACCUGCUGCCCUGUGUGCGAUGGCUGUUUCCUAAAUGGGCAAGAGUACCGCAGCGGGGAGCCCGUGGGCUCUGUGGACCCCUGCUCCCACUGCCGUUGUGCCAAUGGGAGUGUCCACUGUGAGCCUCUGCCCUGCCCACCAACGCCCUGCAGACACCCAGGCAGGAUCCCUGGGAAGUGCUGCCCAGUCUGUGACAGCUGUGAGUACCAGGGACACCAGUAUCAGAGCCAGGAGACCUUCAGACUCCAAGAGAGUGGCCGCUGUGUCCGCUGCUCCUGCCAGGCCGGCGAGGUCUCCUGUGAGGAGCAGGAGUGCCCGGGCGCCCCCUGCACCCUGUCUGACUCUGGCCCCCAGCUCUGCCCAGCCUGCGUGCUUGGUGGAGAGGAGUUUGCUGAGGGGGUCCAGUGGGAGCCUGAUGGUCAGCCCUGCACAACCUGUUCCUGUCAAGCUGGGGUGCCCGUGUGCAGGGCUUUGCUCUGCUCCCCAGCCCCCUGCCAGCACCCCACCAAGCCCCCCGGUGCCUGCUGCCCCAGCUGUGAGAGCUGCACCUACCACGGCCAAGUGUACGCCAACGGGCAGAACUUCACAGAUGCAGACAGCCCUUGCCACACCUGCCACUGCGAGGAUGGGACCGUGACAUGCUCCUUGGUCAACUGCCCUCCCACAACCUGUGCCAGGCCCCAGAGUGGACCCGGCCAGUGCUGCCCCAGGUGCCCAGGCUGUGCCUUUGCUGGGAAAGAGUACCCCAACGGAGCAGACUUCCCCCACCCCUCCGACCCCUGCCGCCUGUGUCACUGUCUGAGCGGCCACGUGCAGUGCCCGGCCCGCCGCUGCCCGCCCUUGCCCUGUCCAGAGCCACUCCUGUUGCCAGAAGAGUGCUGCCCGCAGUGCCCGGCCACCCCCUCUGGCUGCCCUCGGCCCGGGGGCGGGGUCCCCGUCCGCCACCAGGAGCACUUCUCCCAGCCCGACGACCCCUGCCGCCGCUGCCUCUGCCUCGACGGCUCCGUGUCCUGCCAGCGGCUGCCCUGCCCACCGGCGCCCUGCGCCCACCCGCGCCAGGGGCCCUGCUGCCCCGCCUGUGACGGCUGCCUGUACCAGGGGAAGGAGUUCGCCAGCGGCGAGCGCUUCCCUUCGCCCACUGCCCGGUGCCACAUCUGCCUCUGCUGGGAGGGCAGCGUCAGCUGUGAGCCCAGGGCCUGUGCCCCAGCACAGUGCCCCUUCCCUGCCAGGGGUGACUGCUGCCCUACCUGUGAUGGCUGCGAGUACCUAUGGGAGUCCUACCUGAGCAGCCAGGAGUUUCCGGAUCCCCGAGAGCCCUGCAAUCUGUGUACCUGUCUCCGAGGCUUCGUGAACUGUAGCCGCCGGCCCUGUGAGCCUCUGGGCUGCAGCCACCCGCUCACCCCGUCUGGGCACUGCUGCCCGACCUGCCAGGGAUGCCUCUAUCAUGGGGUCACCGCUGCCCCCGGAGAGACCCUUCCUGACCCGCUCGACCCCACCUGCUCCAUCUGCACCUGCCAGGAAGGCUCCAUGCGCUGCCAGAAGAAGCCGUGUGCUCCAGCUCUGUGCCCCCAUCCCUCCCCAGGGCCUUGCUUCUGCCCUGUUUGCCACAGCUGCCUCUCUCAGGGCCGGGAGCACCAGGACGGGGAGGAGUUUGAGGGGCCCGCAGGCAGCUGUGAGCGCUGUCGCUGUCAGGCUGGCCAGGUCAGCUGUGAGCGGCUGCAGUGCCCACCUCUGCCCUGCCCACUCCAGGUCACAGAGCCCGGGAGCUGCUGCCCUCGCUGCAGAGGCUGCCUGGUUCAUGGGGAGGAGCACCCUGAAGGCAGUAGCUGGGAGCCCCCCGACAGCCCCUGUUCCUCCUGCAUGUGUCAUGAGGGUGUCAUCACCUGUGCCCGCGUCCAGUGUGUCACCUCCUGUGCCCAGCCUCACCUGGGGCCCCGUGACUGCUGCCCUCCAUGCUCUGCCUGUGAGCAUGAGGGUCGGAAGUAUGAGCCCGGGGAGAGCUUCCAGCCUGGCGCAGACCCCUGUGAAGUGUGCACCUGUGAGCUGCAGCCUGAGGGAACUCCCAGCCUUCGCUGUCACCGGCGGCAGUGUCCCAGCCUGGUGGGCUGUCCCACCAGCCAGCUCCUGCCCCCUGGGCCCCAGCAUUGCUGCCCCACCUGUGCCCAGCCGCUGAGUCCCUGCACGGAGCACCUGCAGGGGUCUAAGCUGGCCUCGCCAGACCCCUGCUACACCUGCCAGUGCCAGGACCUGACUUGGCUCUGCAUUCACCGGGCCUGUCCUGAGCCCAGCUGUCCCCUGUUGGAGCGCCAUACCCCCCCUGGGAGCUGCUGUCCCGUGUGCCAGGAAUGUGUGGUGGAAGCUGAGGGCCGGAGAGUGGCAGAUGGAGAGAGCUGGCGGGACCCCAGCGACGACUGUAUCACUUGCACCUGCCGUCGGGGCCGAGUGGAGUGCCACCUGGAAGAGUGCCAGGCCCUCUCCUGCCCCCACGGCUGGGCGAAGGUGCGGGACGCUGGCAGGUGCUGUGAGAGAUGCCAAGCCCCCGCCCAGUCGUGCGUGCACCAGGGCCGGCAGGUGGCCUCCGGGGAGCGCUGGGCCGUGGACGCCUGCACCAGCUGCUCCUGCGUAGCCGGCGCCGUGAGCUGCCAGAGCCAGCGCUGCCCGCCGCUCUCCUGCGGGCCCGACGAGGCCCCCGCCCUGCGUCCCGGCAGCUGCUGCCCCCGCUGCCUGACCCGGCCCGCUUCCUGCAUGGCCUUCGGAGACCCUCAUUACCGCACCUUCGACGGCCGCCUGUUGCACUUCCAGGGCAGCUGCAGCUACGUGCUGGCCAAGGACUGCCGUGGAGGCGACUUUAGCGUGCACGUGACCAACGAUGACCGGGGCCGGAGCGGCGUGUCCUGGACCCACGAGGUGGCCGUGCUGCUGGGAGACGUGGCCGUGCGGCUGCUGCAGGGCGGGGCGGUCACGGUGGACGGGCGCCCCGUCGCCUUGCCCUUCUUGCAGGAGCCUCUGAUGUAUGUGGAGCUGCGGGGACGCACGGUGAUGCUACACGCCCAGCCGGGGCUCCAGGUGCUGUGGGAUGGGCAGUCCCAGGUGGAGGUGAGAGUGCCUGGCUCCUACCGGGGUCAGAUUUGUGGGCUCUGUGGCAACUUCAAUGGCUUUGCCCAGGAUGAUCUGCAGGGCCCUGAGGGGCUGCUCCUGUCCACUGAGGCUGAGUUUGGGAAUAGUUGGCAGGUCCCAGAGGGGCCAGGACCUGGUCGGCCCUGUUCCAAGGGCCGUGAGGUGGAUCCAUGCCGGGCAGCAGGGUACCGUGCCAGGCGUGAGGCCAACGCCCGGUGCAGGGUGCUGAAGUCGUCCCCGUUCAGUCGCUGCCAUACCGUGGUGCCACCAGAGCCCUUCUUUGCCGCCUGCGUGUAUGACCUCUGUGCUUGUGGUCCUGGCUUCUUGGCUGACACCUGCCUCUGUGACGCCCUGGAAGCCUAUGCCAGCCACUGUCGCCAAGCAGGGGUGACUCCUGCCUGGCGGGGCCCCACGCUCUGCGGUGAGGGGGCAAUGCCCAGUGCGAGUUGGGGGAGGGGUGACACGGAGGGCUCAGGUCUGGACAGCGUAGGUACAGGGAGGGUCACAGGGGGUGGGCCUGGUGACUGCAAAGUGACUCUGCUUUCCACUCCACCUGCAGUGGUGGGCUGCCUCCUGGACCGUGGCUUCGUGUUUGAUGAGUGUGGCCCACCCUGUCCCCGCACCUGCUUCAACCAGCAUGUCCCCCUGGGGGAGCUGGCGGCCCACUGCGUAAGGCCCUGUGUUCCCGCCUGCCGGUGCCCCGCAGGCCUGGUGGAGCACGAGGCCCACUGUAUCUCACCCGAGGCCUGCCCCCCAGUCCUACUCACUGGGGACCAGCCACCCAGCACUCUGCCCAACCCCAGCCAGAAGCCCCAGGGCCAGGAACCCUGAGCCAGGACGACACCGACCAGGAUUCAUCAGGCUAGAAGUGUCCCCUCGGAGAGAAGCUCCCACACUGCCCGGGCAUCGGGAGCCUGGGUCUGGGCCCCGCAAAGACCCCAGCGUGUGGAGUCAGAAGCAGUAAACUCGGGAACUGCC